GCAUUCCGGAAGUAGAAAAAAAAAUCAGGCUGUAGUGGAGGAGCAAGAGAACAAGGGCGGAACUGUCUUCAUUUAUUCCACUUUUUUAAUAUCCUGCGGUCGGUUUUCACCCCUGAUUAUCUUUCUUUACUAAUCACAAGUGUUGCGUGUCACGAAUGUGAAAGAAGCAGAACAUUUCGAGGAGUUUUUGCAGUAAAAGGAUGUCAAUGAGGCCUCGCAACAGGGAAAUCUGCGCUGAUUGCAGCGCCUCUGAGCCUCGCUGGGCUUCGAUCAAUAGAGGAGUCCUUAUCUGUGACGAGUGCUGCAGCAUACACCGAGGUCUGGGCCGUCACAGCUCGCAGGUCCGCCACCUGACUCACACGCCGUGGCCCGCGUCGCAGUUACAGAUGGUCCAGACUUUAUAUAACAAUGGGGCGAAUUCAAUUUGGGAGCACAGCCUUCUCGACCCUUCCUCGAUUAUGAGCGGAAAACGCAAAGCCAAUCCACAGGACAGAGUGCAUCCCAACAAAACAGAGUUUAUAAAGGCCAAAUACCAGAUGUUGGCUUUUGUUCAUCGAAUGCCAUGUCGCGAGGAUGACAGUGUGACUGCGAAGGAUCUUAGUAAACAACUCCACUCGAGUGUGCGGACCGGAAAUCUGGAGACGUGUCUCAGGCUGUUGUCUUUGGGAGCACAAGCAAACUUUUUCCAUCCGGAGAAAGGGAACACUCCAUUACACGUGGCGGCUAAAGCGGGUCAGCUUCUCCAAGCCGAGCUCCUCACGGUGUACGGCGCAGACCCCGGCGCUCCAGAUAGCAGUGGAAACACACCUAUCGAUUAUGCAAGACAAGCAGGGCAUCAGGAGCUCGCUGACAGGCUGGUGGAGAUCCAGUAUGAACUGACGGACAGAUUAGCCUUCUACCUGUGUGGAAGAAAACCAGAUCACAAAAAUGGACAACAUUUUAUAAUUCCUCAGAUAGCAGACAGCACUCUGGAUUUGACUGAAUUGGCUAAAGCUGCAAAAAAGAAACUUCAAUCACUGAGCAAUCAUCAGUUUGAAGAGCUGGCCAUGGAUGUUUACGAUGAGGUGGACAGAAGAGAAACCGAUGCAGUGUGGCUUGCAACUCAGAACCACAGCACUCUGGUGACUGAAACCACAGUGGUUCCCUUUCUCCCAGUCAACCCUGAAUACUCGUCCACCAGGAACCAGGGUCGGCAGAAGCUGGCGAGGUUCAACGCUCACGAGUUUGCUACACUUGUGAUAGACAUUUUAACCGAUGCAAAGCGCCGCCAGCAAGGGAAUUCCCCGGAUGUCAAGGAUAACGUGGAGCUGAUUCUGAAAGAUAUCGGCAGCCGCCUCGGGAGCGAGAGCCAAGAGCCGGAACAGCCUGAUUACGACAGCGUGGCAUCUGAUGAAGACGCAGAACGAGAGCCGGGCUCUGGGAAAGACGAGAGGACCAAGAGCUCGGAGUCGUCCGACCUAUCUGACGGCCCGAUCACCAUGCAGGAGUUCAUGGAGGUGAAGAAUGCCUUGAAUGCAUCUGAGGCCAAGAUCCAGCAGCUGCUCAAGGUCAACUGCCACCUGAGCGAGGAGCUGAGGCACAUGCAGAGCAAGCUGAACUCCCUGCAGAACGAGAACAGCAAUCUGAAAUGGCAGGGCGCCAACAGCCUGGCGCACCCGCAGGAGCCGCAGCGACGGGCCCCGCCCCGCGGAGGCAGAGCCAUGUCCAUGUACGAGACGGGCUCGGGCAUGAAGCAUUACCAUGCCAGAGCAGACGGUGCGCAUCCUGAGCCUGGCAGCCUCACCCUCCAGCCCCUUCCUCCUGGUAUUGGGAAGGGUCCCUCCAUGGGCGCCUCCUCCCUCCCCACCUUCCCUUCCACCCUGUCCUGGGCGUGGGACGAGCGAGCCCAAAGGGGGUCCAGGGUGGAGGGAAAGAGCAGCACCUCUGAGAGCGACUAUGAUAACACGCCCAACCAUGCCGAGCUGGACGACUCCAGGCCGAGCGUUCCCAGGACCGGUGGCCGGCUUGGAGAGGGAGCCAUCCCCGAAUCGGGUGAUUUUGAGUGUGAGACGGAUUCGGCGCUGCCCUCCACCGAGGAUGUCAUCAGCAAGACGGAGCAGAUCACCAAGAACAUCCAGGAGCUGCUCCGUGCCGCACAGGAGAACAAACAAGAGAGCCCGGGUUGUUUCAGUGGUCUGCUGCCCUGCGCCGAGCUGCAGGCGGACUCUUCCUGCUUCGUUCCUUGCUCUGAAAGAAUUCAUCUAGCUGUGACUGAAAUGGCCACCCUGUUUCCCAAGAGGCCGAGUUCGGAGAUGGUGCGCGGUUCCCUGCGGCUGCUGACCUCCAGCGCCAGCCGACUGCAGGGCGAGUGCCAGCGAGCAGCACCAGCCGACUCCUGCCCCGCCGACGCCCAGCUGGUCACGCAGCAGCUCAUCCAGUGCGCCUACGACAUCGCCAAGGCCGCCAAGCAGCUCGUCACCGUCACCACCAAAGAGAGCAACUGAGCCGCUCACCUUUUACCGUCCUUUUCAUUUCAAUGAAGACGACAUCCCCUGUCGUCACAGUUUUUUUUUUUUUUUUUUUUUUUACAGCAUCAGUAUUAUGAAAAGUAUUUUUAUGUUAUAUUUUUAUUUAAAGGAAUUUGGUUCAUAGUGUCUGUUAACCAAAUUUUAAGUUAUAACUUUGGCAUGGUAACAUGUUCAAGUCUACAGGUCAUUAGUUUUUACAUUUUACCAUCGUGUAGCUCAGUCCGUGCUGCCGUUCUCUGGUAACGUAUCAAAUGGUCAUGUGACAGUGCAGUCUCUUGUAAUAAAACCCAGCCAUAAUUUGUGAAUAUUUAGUCCUUCCUGCGUGAAACACCACUUAAACCCUCAUCCUGUGACUUAACAAAUGUACAGUAUCAGAAGUAUACAACGUCUUUACUUGUAAUGCUGAAGUCUAUAAGCUGUAAUACCUCAUAUAUAUACAUAGUAGACUGUGCCAGACCUCCUGUUACCAUGUCCCAGAGGCCCAAGGACACCGUUUUUGAUUUGACUCAAACCACAUUUAUUUCGGCUUUCUAAACAGCUUCGUUCGAGUGCUCUGUUUUGCAAAUGCUUCGCUGUCGUUUUCACUUGCAUUUAUUUGUAAUUGUGCUUUGUGCAAUUAUGAAUGGAGGUUCAUCCAAAGGAUGUGUGUUCAGUUGCCUUGUGUCUCAAAAUCCAUCAGCAGUUGCGCUUGUGAUUUCUUUACGUGGUGCUAAUAGUGUGUCCUCAUAUUCUUCAGUAUAUUGUAUAAUAUAUAAAUGCUGCUACGCUGUCUCCUACAUAUGCAACUAAUAAGGUGGUGUUGGCUCAGUCCCAUCUGCGUACAGGGAUACCAAGAACCGUGACGGUUUAGCUUCUGUGAAAACCUUGCCAUUGAAUAUAAUAAACCAGAAUUUAUAACAUG